AUGAGUGCUGAAAUCGCCGUUCCAAAACUAAAAGAUUACGGUCUUUCCGGUACGACGGGUUUUCUUCCUGCUGAAUUCCCCGUCACUCAACUCUCCGAUCCAUAUUAUGCUUGUUGGGAAAAAGUGGUGGCCAAUUUGCCGUCAUUGCUACUUUCCAAACGUAUCCGUGAAGUUGUCGAUCGUUUGCCGGUUUUGGAAGUGAAAAACUCGCUUUUAGAAAAUACCCAGGAAUUGAGAAGAGCAUAUUCUGUGCUCUGCUUCAUUGCCAAUGCGUAUGUUUGGGGUUACGACGAGCCGUCAGAGAUUCUGCCGGAUUGUGUGGCUAGUCCACUGCUGAUUAUAAGUGAGAAGCUGGGACUUCCUCCGCUGGCCACAUAUGCUUCGCUGAUUCUUUGGAACUAUAAACCGAUCAUCGACGACGUAGACCUCGUGGGCGACAUAAUGGAGCUGCCAAAUCUCACCACAAUUAACACAUUCACGGGUGGAAUAGACGAAAGCUGGUUUUAUUUGGUGAGCGUUUUCUUCGAAAAAACCGGAGGCCAAUGUUUGGAAUCCGGACUGCAAGCCAUUCAAGCCGCAAGAAACAACAACUCCACCGGGCUGCGCACUCUCUUGGAGAAAUUGGCCCAAGGAAUCGAUGAGUUGGGUACACUACUAAUGCGCAUGGAAGAAAUGUGCGAUCCGCAUAUUUUCUAUUACCGCAUCCGACCAUACCUGGCAGGCUGGAAAAAUAUGGCCGAUGUGGGCUUACCCAAUGGCAUCCGGUACGGGCCUUCCGGCCAGUACCAACAAUAUGCAGGUGGGUCCAAUGCCCAAAGCUCGUUGAUUCAAGCUCUAGACAUUUUGUUGGGAGUUGAACAUUUUGCUGCGGGGCACAAAAAGUCCCAGCAGGACGCCAUAUCUGCCAAGUCUUCAAGCAAUUCUUUUAUCAACGGGAUGAGAAUGUACAUGCCUCAAGAGCAUAGAAAUUUUUUGGUGCAUCUUCAACAGGUCAGCAAUUUACGAGACUAUGUUUUAUCGCAUAAGUCUGAUCAAAAACUAGUUCUAGCAUAUGACGCUUGCUUGGCCAUGCUAAAAUCUUUCCGCGAUAAGCACAUUCAGAUUGUCUCUAGGUAUGUGGUUUUGCAAGCCAACAAAAAGCCUCUUCCUGGUAAGAGCAAAACUCUACGGAGUGGUCUUUCGAAAGGUCAAGGCAAAAAAGUGCAGAAGGGUACCGGUGGUACUUCCUUGAUUCCCUUUUUGAAACAAUGCAGAGAUGAGACAGGAAGUGUCGCAGCAAGUGAAUGGGGCAAAAAAAUGCUGAGUACAGGAGUCUUACAAGUCCAGAGUAACAGUAGCAUUGUUGGAAUUCGCAAGCAGAAGCGUACCGAGGAGGAACCCGCAGAUGAGUCUAACAAGAGAACUAAAUUGGGCCUUGCUGGAGACUGGACCACUGCGGACGACAACGACGAUGAAGAUGACCAGGCCGAGAUUGUCAGUCGCUCUGGAGGACACUGGUAG